AUGUACUGGUCUGCCAUCCUUGCUCUUUCGGCCCUUGCCGAGGCCGCGCCCCAGUUCGGCGGUGCUGGAGGCCUAACCAUGCUGCGAUUCGGCUGCGCCAAGGUUGUUAUUGACCGGAUCGACCCCCUCGUCAACCCCGGUCUGGCCCCCUCGCCGCAUAUUCACCAGGUCGUUGGAGGCAACGGCUUUAACGUUACCAUGCCCGUGGCAGAUAUUGCCAACACCGCGACCUGUACCACCUGCGCCUUCUCAGAGGACUUCUCCAACUACUGGACCGCAAAUAUGUACUUCAAGGCCCGCAACGGCACAUACAAGCGCGUGCCCCAAGGUGGCGCUGCGCUGCAGUUCGGCGACAACUUCAGCACCCAGACUGACGGUGGGAUCUUGGUGUACUACGUUUCUGCGCAGCCCGGCAAAAUCACCGCAUUCAAGCCCGGCUUCCGCAUGCUCGUCGGUGACCCGAUGCAGCGAUCCCGCCCAGACACUAAGCUCAAGCUUCAGAACUGCUACCGAUGCUUCACCGGCAACCAGCUGCACGGUGGUGACGUUGGUGCCCCUUGCCAGGACCCCCGUAUGGAUACCGAAGCAUUCCCAAAGCAGCCCUGCACCGGCGGCAUGCGCUCCAACAUUCUCUUCCCCACAUGCUGGGACGGCAAGAACCUCGACAGCCCCAACCACCAGGAUCACGUCGCCUACCCGGUCUCAGGCCCAGCAACUUUCCUCAACCUCGGCGGUAAUUGCCCCUCGACCCACCCCGUCCGCAUCCCACAGCUCAUGCUCGAGGUCGUUUGGGACACACGUGCGUUCAACAACAAGGCCGAAUGGCCUGCCGACGGCUCCCAGCCUUUCAUCCUGUCGACCGGCGACCCGACGGGUCUCGGCCAGCAUGCCGACUACGUUUUUGGCUGGAAAGGUGACUCGCUCCAAAAAGCCAUGGACACCUCUGGCUGCAUGGGUGCCCGCAGCUGCGCUGGCCUCAAGACCCAAGCGAUCAACACGGCCAAGGCCUGCUCCGUCAAGAACGCAGUCCACGAGGAUUACGACGGCUGGGUCAAGCAACUCCCAGGUCUUGAUGAGAUGGGCAUGGGCUCGUAA